CAUUUCCUUUAGAACAUAGGCAUGGCGCAGCACGUUGUUCUGGAUAAAGAAAAACUGAUCUGUUCGAUCUGUUUGGAUCUGCAGAAGGAUCCGGUCACUAUUCCUUGUGGACACAGUUACUGUCUGGAAUGUAUUCAGAACUUCUGGAUUGGAGAGGAACCAAAAGCUCCCAGCUGCCCUCAGUGCAGACAAAGCUUCACUUCAAGGCCUGUCCUGGUGAGAAACACUAUUUUAGCAGAGUUGGUGGAGGACGCAAGAAAAGCAGAGCUCCAACCGACUUCAUCUGAGCGUUCUGGAACUGGACCAGAACAUGUUGACUGUGAUUUCUGUGAAGGAAAGAAGCUGAAAGCUGCCAUGUCUUGUCUGACCUGUAUGGUUUCUUACUGUGAGCAGCACCUCCAGCUCCAUUUCCGUGUUGCUGCAUUAAAGAAACACAAGCUGGUCAAAGCUACUCUAAAGCUUGAGGGGAACAUCUGCAUUCGUCACGAGGAAGUUAUCAAGAUUUUCUGCCGCACUGAUCAGAAGUGUAUUUGUAGUCUCUGCUCCAUGGAUGAACACAAAGGUCAUGACAUGGUGUCUGCUGCAGCAGAAAGGGCUGAAAGACAGACAAAGCUGGGACUGGAUCAACAAAAAGUCCAACAGAGAAUCCUCAACUUGGAAGAAGAUUUAGAAGUGCUUCAGCAGGCGGUGGAGGCCAUCAAUCUGUCUGCUGAGAAAACUAUCAAAGAAAGUCAGAACCUCUUCAAAGGUUUGAUCUGUCUCUUGGAGCAAAAAUGCUCAGAAGUGGAGCAGAAGGUCACAUCCUAUCAGAUGGAGGAAGUGAGGAAAGUGGAAGAACUCCAGGAGAAGAUGCAGCAUGAGAUCACCAAACUGAAGAAAACAGAGGCUGAGCUGGACCAGCUCUCAUCUACAGAAGAUCAUCUCCAUUUUCUCAACAACUACUCCUCCCUGUCAGAUCUGAGUAUCUGUACAGACUUACCUAGGUCUGGACUUGCUCAAGAAUUUGUUGAUGAUGCUCUCAAAGCUGCGUCUGAGACCAGAGAGAAGCUGGAGAAAACUUUCAGAGACCAGAAGACAAAGAUUUUAGACACAAUAAUUCAUGAAGUCCUCUCUGGAUCUUAAAUCUUCUUCAGACAGAAAAACAUCUGACACCCGUAUGAUUUAGGUGCUGAAAUAUUCAUGGAUGUUAAUGGCAAAUUUAAUGAAAACAGGAAAACUUUUCUUUUGGGUUCAAACUUUCAAUAAUUGAACAAAUGAGGGAAAAAACAUUGUGUUGGACUUUCUUUGUUAUAUUAACUGUGAAUUCAAAAAAACCAUUUAAAAAAAAAGGUACAAUGUCUCCUUGACUUCACAAUCUUAAUACAUAAUAAGUCGAUAUCAGUGAUAUCCCGUGUGACAUAGGAGUUUAGCCUUCUUGUUUCCAUUCCGUUACAGCUCAGUUUGUUCACAGUUAUAGGUUGACUGUUUCAUGCGAGGAACAAAAGACUCACACAACAGGUUUGAAUUUGUGCAUUAAUCUGCAAUGUUUCCGACCUUCCUGGUGCCCAGAUGACAAAUGGAACAAGGCGUUCACUUCCUGUUAAUGAGGGUUGAGCAUUGGGAAGCAGAGGGUUUGGUUUUGUCUUAUUACCUUUUGGUUUAAUGAUUUGAGUCGUUUCUCAUUUUAUGUCUGUUGGUUUUUGAUUACAGGAGUUUAAAUGUAUAGUUUUCAAGAAACGCAUAACUUUUGUUGUGUCUGUUUUGUUUGGUUAAAGUGGCUGUUUUCCUGGGCGGGGCCAGACUGUCAAUUUGACGCUCAUAAAAGGUGGCGGAUCUGAGUGUGAUAGAAGCUGAAGGGGAAGGAGAAAAUGUGAAAUGUGAUUUUGUUAAAGGAAGAACUGCAUUGUUCCUGAACAUUUUUUACAUCUGCUUUCUGUAAACCAGGCUGCUCUGGUCUCACUACAUUAUGACAUCCAGAAACAGUACAUCUGUUGUGUUUUAACCCUUGUGCUAUCUUAGAUGACCCCACCCUUACUUUGACGUGUUCUCCCUACCAUGACAAAGGGGGAUAAAUGUGGAAAGAUUUCAUGUAA